AUGGAUUUUCAAGUAUCUCAGAAGCUACAUUCAACGCACGCGACUGCCAGUGAUAGUAUCACAACAAAUUCCGUGCUGUGGCUCACUCUACACUACCAAGACAGCAUGAUCAACAUUAACGACUGCGACUGGGAAGCUGAUCAGAACGUGGACCGUCAAUUUGCGAUCGAGAUCGCAUUCAAUGCCGUGGAUGUCGAGAACAUAUGUUUCUACGACUAG